AUGUAGAGAUAACCAAACAUUUAGUUCUUUAAAAGUAUUAAAGCAGCCAUUUUAGUAGCUUUAAUUGCUCUAACUGCCAAUAUAAAAUAAUGUUUGAGCUAGGAGACAGAUACAUUAGGAAAUAAUGACUAUUAAUUGAUAAGAAUUAACAAUUUAUAUGAAAUUUAACAAAAUUAAACAGCUUUGACCAUUAAAUUAAAUUUAACAUUAGACAAUUUUUUUAUCUAAAACUACAUUGUUAUCGAUGUAAUCUUAGUUUCAGAAUUAGAACAACCAUCUAAAUUUGUAGCCUGUUUAAAUUUCGCUGAGGAUCCUCUAUUAAAAGAUUAAUAUAUAAAUGGAGGAUAUUAUACAUGCGAUCAGACUGAUAUUUUUUCAACAGAAAAGUAGAAAUAACAGCAUCUUUUGGUUAUAAGCAUCGAAGAUCCAUUGUAUUAAACAAAUAGGUUUCCAUUUCUGACUUUUUUUUAUUAAUAAAAUACCCCUCAAAGAAAUAACACCAUAAUUUCGUAGAAUAAAUUAGUUAGGUAUGAUGUUUUUGCAUAUAAUUUUAAUCAAUUUCCUUGCCAUAAUAAUUGCAAUGGUAAGAAUGGGUACUGUAAUGGAAAGGACGGAACUUGCACUUGUAAGGAAAACUAUAUGGAUGAAGAUUGCGGAAUCUUUUUAUAACCUCUUACUUUAUUUGAUAACAAUGAUUCUAAUAAUCUAAUGAUUUAAUCAUAUAAGGCUUACUUCUAUAAGAUUUAAAUGAAUAACUUAUUAAAAAAAGCACAGAAUAACCAUAUCUAUUUUCAUUUUAAAAAAUAUAAUUUGAGAUCUGUACUGGAUAUUUAAAUUUUUAAUAACACUAAAGAAUUACCAUCUAAUGAAGACAAAUAUGCUAAAUUUAAAAUGCAAAUAGAUGAAUUUUCUAUUAAAAAUGUUGAAUAUUUUUGUUAAAAUUUACCACUUAACCAAAAUUUGACAUCACUAGAAUAAAAUAACUAAACGAUGGUUUAAGACGAUUAAAAUAUGACUUAAGAAUGUUUUAUCAUUUUAAAGGUAAGGCAAAUCAGGAAACUUGAGUCCACUAUUCUUUAAGUUUCUGUAUAAAUUUAAUAAGAUUAAAUUACAGAUUAAAAAAAUGAAUAAAAUAAAGAAAAGCAGGUUGAAAAAGAAAGUGCGAGUAUGUAAGUUAAUAGCAAUUUUAUUAUAGGAAUUUUUAUAGCAAUAAUAGUUUCUACAGUUCUUCUUAUUUUAGGUAUAAUAAAAAUUAUUUUAAAAGCAUAUUCUAAUAAGAAUAUUAAAGAUUAGAAUAAAAAUAUCCCAAAAAUUAUUGUUUAAACAUAAGUGCCACCAAAGAAAAAAUCUGUAUCUUAAAUAAUAAAAGAAGUUAAUAACAAAAUACAAAUAGAAUAAAAAAAGAAGACUAUUUUUUACAAAAAGAGACUUCUACAAUACUUCUUAAUGCCAGUUUAGCAAUAUGAAAAUACUUCUUCUGAUAAAGAAUUAAAAAAUAAUUACAAUAAAGAUUAAAAGGAAAAAGAAAAAAGCAAUAAUUUUGAUAUUAGCAUAGAAUUAUAUAUCUAAAAAUAAUAUGAAAACAUUGAAAAUCUUGAUGAAAGCAUCGGAAAUUCUUGUAAAAAUUAAGAUAAAUAGUAAAUGAUUGAUAAAAAUAGGCAUGAAAAAAAGAAAUGCUAAUAAAAUGAAAAAGAGGAUGUAAAGGAUUGCUAAAAUAAUUAGACAUCUAUCGAUUAAAAAUUAUAAGAUUAGAAUAUACCUACUACUUUGUAGGUUAAUAAUAGUAAAAACAAGCAAUGUUGUUCUCUUUGCUUAGUGGAAUUCGUAAAAGGAUAAAAAUUGAGAAUAACUAUUUGCAGCCAUUACUUUCAUUCUUAAUGCUUAGAAGAAUGGCUAGAAAGCAAUGAAAAUUGUCCUCUCUGCAGAUAAAGCUUUGAGAUAAUGGAUAUGAUUGAUUAUAUUUCUGUUCAGUUAUACUCUAAGGUUAACAAUUAAUAAUCUAAGUAAGCAAUUGGUGCAUCAAGAAAUUAUGUAAAUUCAAGAUUACAGUAAGAGUAAGAAAAAAUUUCUUAGCUGAGUAACCGAGAGUUCUUGACUAUUUUUAAAGAAUAUAUUCCUGAUUUUUCUAGUUAAAUAGAGUAUGCAGACUAAUAUUAACUUCCAAAUUUGAAUAAAAAAUCAUGGAAUAAAAAUAAAUUUUAAAAGUAUUUGAAUAAAAAGACAAACCAAGAAAUAAUAGAUUUGCAAGUAUAAAAUAGUAAUUAGAAUGAAGAGAAACAGCAAACUGAUGAUAAUGAUAAUUUCUAGGAAAAUUAAGAAAAAAUAACUGAAAAUGAAAAUAGACCCAGCAAUUAUUCUCCUGCGAAUGUAAUAUUUUCUAAGCAAAGAGCCUCACUAAAUUAAGAUAAAUUAGGUUAAUACUCUGCAAGUUUAGCAAAAAGCUGCUUAAAAAUUGAAUCUAAACAAAAGAAGCUAUCAAAUAGUUAAGGACUCAUUCCUUCAUCUUCAAAUUUAUCUGAUGUGAAUAAAAUAAAAGAAAAACUGAGCAGUUUUAAUUUCUAGUAAUAAAAAUUUAUGUAUAAGACUAAUGUUACUUAAGAAUUACUAAAAGAAAAUCAAGAUAAUAUUCAUACUAGAAUGACAAGUAUAGGAUUAGAAAGUCAGCCUAAUUAUUUAAUUAAGUAGAGCACCUAUUUACUUUAAAACGAUGGAUCUAGUCAAAUAGCAAGUCCUAUGAGUUAAAACACUAUGAAUUUUCGUGCUUUCAUGAGCAAAUAGCCAUCUUUUUAUGAUAUAAAAGCUGAUACAUCUUCGCCAGAAUUCUCUGAAGAAGAUUCAGCUAACAACUUUUAAAAUUUCCUAAAAAAUCCACAAUAAAGUUUUGGAGAGAAAUUAAUGGAUGAAAUCGAAGAAUCUCCAAACAUUAUUUAAAAACCUUCAAGUUUGAAAAACAUAAAUUAUUAAUUAAGAUAAAAUUCACCUAAAAACACAACUUCAUUAAGGAAAAUUGAAAUAAAUUAAAAUAAAAUAUAGCUCAAUUUUUAUAAGAAGCCAAAAGGUUAUCAAAACAUUGCAUGA